UGGGCACAGUGCUGACACCAGUAACCAGCGCUACUGAAGACAAUAGGAAGACAGUUUCAACUUGGAAUUCUGGCUGAACUGGAUUACUACUGGAGCUGCUUGGGAUGUCGCAUCAGACGGGUAUUCAUGCAAAUGCAGAUUUGAAGGAUUUUCUUGUCAAGGCAAGAAAUGGAGCUGUCAGGUUAAUGAAGAUAGUUAUCAAGAGUGAGCACUUGGUGUUGGGGGCAUAUCGAGAGGUGUCUCAGAGCUGGGAUCAGGACUAUGACGCAUGUGUCUUGCCCAUUCUGGACACUCUAGAACCCUGUUAUAUACUUUACCGUCUCGACUCGCACAACCUGCAGGGCUUCGAGUGGCUCUUUAUCUCCUGGUCACCAGACCAGUCGCCAGUGAGGUUAAAGAUGGUGUAUGCUGCUACCCGAGCCACGGUUAAGAAAGAGUUUGGUGGAAAUCACCUUAAAGAUGAACUCUUUGGAACAGUCAAGGAAGACAUAUGUUUCCAAGGUUACUUACAGCACCUAUCCUCAUCCAGCCCCGCCCCUCUCACUACUGCAGAGCAACAGCUCCAUCAGAUUAAAAUAACAGAGGAUGAGCGAAGACGAGUUUCCCCCGCAAGCGGACGAGCAAAGACAGAAAUCAGCAUGGAGGGAAAAAAUCCGACUUUGCAGGGUUUGGCAUUUCCAUUACAAGAGGAGGCUAAACACGCUUUACAACAACUUAAACAUAAACGCAUCAAUUACCUUCAACUAAGGGUGGACACUAAAAGAGAGACGAUUGAGCUGGUCCACACUACUCCAACAGAAACAAGAGAGCUGCCAAGUAGAAUCCCCACUGAUUGCCCACGAUACCACUUCUUUGUGUACAAACAUGCCCAUCAAGGACAGGCAACGGAAGCUAUCGUUUUCAUCUACUCUAUGCCUGGGUAUAGCUGCAGCAUCAAAGAAAGGAUGUUGUACUCGAGCUGUAAGAAUCGACUGCUGGAUGAGGUAGAGAGAGACUAUCACAUAGAGAUCGCCAAAAAGAUGGAGAUUGAUAGCGGAGAGGGGCUGACAGAUGAUUUCCUGUAUGAAGAGGUGUACCCAAAGCAGCAUGCUCUCAAACAAGCCUUCACCAAGCCAAAGGGCCCUACAGUGAAACGAGGAAAUAAACGUCUGAUCAGAGGAGCAGGAGACAAGGAUGACAGCUAGAAUGACAAAAUGACGUCUGAUACAGAAUGUUUCAUAUCACUCUCUUUAGUAUUUAGCCUAUGAUCUCUCCGUUUGUCUGUAACUUUUGAUUCCAACUAGUUUCUCUUUCAUUCCUAAGAAACAUGGUUUUCAAAACCCACACCUGCAGGUUGUUGGAUGUUUUUAUGUAAUAGUUUCAA